AUGGGCAGCGCACGUCAAGCGAUCGGUUUCUUCGACGUCGAUUGCGGCGUCGGGGUCUACUACACGGCAACUGUUGUGUGGGACUACGCCACCAACGCCCCGUUCGUCGGCGAUGUGCCCGCGUACAACACCACGAUGGACGUCGAUACGGUGUGCACCGACGUCUGGACGUCCCAAGCAUCGUACCUCUCCAACGUCGCGUAUGCCACGAUCGAGCACGAUGCGUUCGCCGAAGUCGUGGUCGCCAACGUGUGUAUGACGGCCUUUCUCAAUACGACCGACUACGAAGCGUCCACAAGUGUCUUUGCCGACUGCGCAGACGGCUCGGUAACUUAUUACGCCGACUGGAACUGCAGUGUGCCGGUGGUGACGGCGACUACGAUGGAUGUCAACGUGACGUGCGACGUCCUCCACCCCACACCGCUCACGCCACCAGCGACGCUUGAGACGUACCAGUCGUUCAUCGCGGGCUGCGACGAAGGACUCUCGCUGUACGCGAUGGCCUCGAUUCCGCUUUUGGACUGGAUCGCCACGCCUUCUGACUCCAAGGAUGCUUGCGUCAGUAGCUCGCUUCUCAACCCACCGCUGAGCCACCGCAGCUUUGAGUGGAACGCCACGUACAUGGUGCUGACGCACCCGACGUUCACCGAGGUCGUCUGGGACGGGGCGUGUGCACCGACGGCCACCAGUAUGUAUGUACAAACCGACUGCGGUGACGACACUUUUGGCUACUUUGGUGACGCGCUGUGUCUGCUGCCGAUCGCGUUGACGGCUGACGUCCUCGAGAUGCUGGCGACGACGACAGUUGCCUGUGCGAUCCCGCACCCGACGCCCGACGCGUCAUGA